AUGAGGCAAGAGGAAGCUAACCAAUUGUUGAAAGAAAGUACUGAGUCUAAAAAGAUGAAGAUGUUUAUGAAGCCAAGUUCAAAGAAGCAUCUUGCUGACAGUAUCUACUCUUCUUAUCCGACUUUCGUCAAAUCAAUUAGACUUCCUCAAAGUGAACCAGAUAAGUUAUUUGUAAAAUAUCAGGAGGGAUGUCAGAAGGACAUCGAACGUGCAUUUGGGGUGUUGCAGGUUGGAUUUAAAAUCAUUCGUGAACUAGCCCGUUUCUGGGACAUAGUCGAUUUAGCUCUCAUCAUGAGGUCAUGUAUCAUAUUUCAAAAUAUGAUUGAUGAGGUGCUACCUGCAUUUGUGAAUCAUGUGCGUGCUAGAUAUGUGAUGCGUGAUUCAAAUGUACAUCACGAAUUGCAAGCAGAUCUAGUUAAAUACAAAUGGACAAAGUUCAUAAUGUUUCAUGAUUAA